AUGAUCAGACAGGAGAAAAACACCUUCAUAAAUAAAGAGAUGUUCAACAUCACUGGUGAUCAAGACCAUGUGGCUUACCAAUUCCAGCCAUUCUAUCGACAAAAAUUAAACACCAAAUGUGGGAGAAGAGAAGGUCCAGAGCUCUCCUGUGUUGCUGGUGGAAGUGUGAACUGGUACAACCACUACAGCCGGGCGAGGACUGCGGGGCGGCGGCCAGCACGCCAGGCCCACGGCCAGCUCCCGAGGACGGCGCCAAAUGGGCUGGGCCGCGCUCGCCGGGCCCGCCAGACCGCGCCGGGUCCUCCAGACCGCGCGCCGGGCCCGCCAGACCACGCUCUCCAGGCCGGGUCCGCCAGACCAGACCGCACUGGCGGGGCCCCACCAGACCAGACCGCGCCGGGUCCUCCAGGCCGCGCUCUCCAGGCCGGGUCCUCCAGACCAGGCUGCGCGCCCCAGGCCCGUCAGACCGCGGUCUCCAGGCCGGGCCCGCCAGACCAGGCCGCGCUCGCCCAGGCCCGCCAGGCCGCGCCGGGUCCUCCAGACCGCGCUCUCCAGGGCGGGUCCGCCAGACCGCGCUGGGUCCUCCAGACCGCGCGCUGGGCCCGCCAGACCGCGCGCUGGGUCCUCCAGACCGCGCGCUGGGCCCGCCGGACCGCGCCAGGCCCACCAGACCGCGCGCGCCAGGUCCUCCAGACCACGCUCUCCAGGCCGGGUCCGCCAGACCAGGCCGCGCUCGCUGGGCCCGCCAGACCAGCCCGAGCUCGCCGGGCCCGCCAGAUCGCGCCGGGUCCUCCGGACCGCGCCAGGCCGUGCGCGCCAGGUCCUCCAGACCACGGUCUCCAGGCCGGGUCCUCCAAACCAGGCCACGCGCGCCGGGCCCACCAGACGGCGCUCUCCAGGCCGGGUCCGCCAGACCAGGCCGAGCUCUCCAGGCCAGGCCGCGCCGGGUCCUUCAGACCCUGCGCCCCGGGCCCGCCAGGCCACGCUCACCAGGGCCCGCCAGGCCGCGCCGGGUCAUCCAGACCGCGCUCUCCAGGCCAGGUCCGCCAGACCAGGCCGAGCUCGCCCGGGCCCACCAGACCAGACCGCACUGCCCGCCAGGCCGUGGCGGGUCCGCCCGACCGCGGUCUCCAGGCCGGGGCCACCAGACCGCGCCGGGUCCGCCAGACCACGCGCUGGGCCCUCCAGACAGCGCUCUCCAGGCCGGGCCCUCCAGGCCGCGCUCGCCCGGGCCCGCCAGACCAGGCCGCGCUCACCCGGACCCGCCAGACCCGGCCACGCGCUACCGGCCAGGCCCCGGGAGGUCCUCCCGACCCUGCGCGCCAGGGCGCCCUCCAGGCCACGCUCGCCCGCACCCGCCAGACCCGGCCACGCUCCGCAGCCCAGGCCGCGCCGGGUCCUCCCGACCCUGCGCGCCAGGCCCGCCCGGCCGCGCUCGCCCGCGCCCGCCAGCCCCGGCCACGCGCUGCCAGCCAGGCCGCGCCGGGUCCUGCAGACCCUGCGCGCCAGGCCACGCUCACCAGAGCCCACCCGACCAGGCCGCGCUCCGGGCCUGCCAGGCCUCGCCUGCCACCCUCGCCGUCCGCGGCCGAGCCCAGCCGAGCUCGCAACCCGGCCUCGCUGAGGCUGCCGGGCCUGGCAAUCGCGCCUCCACCUGCUGCCUCGGGGCCCGGCUCGCGGCCGCCGGGCCUCCUCAGCACCUCGCUCAGAGCCUGCCAGCCAGGCCGCCAGCCCCCUCCGUGCUAG